AUGGAGGCCAAUUAUAUGAGCUUAAUUGGUACCACACCUGGAUGGGGUGGAAAAACUUUUAUUGUUCAAGGUUUCGGUAAUGUUGGAUUACAUUCAAUGCGUUACUUACACAGAGCAGGUGCUACAUGCAUUGGUGUAAUUGAACAUGAUGGUUCUAUUUACAACCCAGAUGGAAUUGAUCCUAAAGCAUUAGAAGAUUGGAGAAUUGACAAUGGUACUAUUUUAGGAUUCCCAGGUGCUCAGCCAUACACAGGUGAAAACCUUAUGUACGAACCUUGUGAUAUAUUAGUACCAGCUGCAACUGAAAAAGUCAUAACGUCAGCUAAUGCUCAUAAGAUCCAAGCAAAAAUUAUUGGUGAAGCUGCUAACGGCCCAACAACACCAGCUGCAGAUAAGAUUCUAAUAGAACGAAAUAUUUUGAUUGUGCCAGAUUUAUAUAUAAAUGCUGGUGGUCGUGAAUCAAACUACCAUUUAUUAGAAUCUGUGCAAGAGUCAUUGGAACGUCGUUUUGGUCGUGUGGGAGGAAGAAUCCCUGUCACUCCUUCUGAAUCCUUCCAAAAACGUAUAUCAGGAGCAUCUGAAAAAGAUAUAGUGCAUUCUGGAUUAGAUUAUACAAUGGAACGUUCAGCUCGAGCUAUUAUGAAAACUGCUAUGAAAUAUAACUUGGGCCUUGAUCUUCGUACUGCCGCUUAUAUCAAUUCAAUUGAGAAAAUUUUCACUACUUAUAAAGAGGCUGGACAAACUUUCUAA